ACACAGAUUAACAAAAUGAGGAUGGUAUACCCCCUUGUCUGUCGAAAACGCCCAUUUGAGGCGCACAGGCCCGAGAACUAUAAAUCACACUGCAUUGCUCCAUCCCCCCGCGACAGAUCAUCUCGAAAUGGACUGACUUGGCUGCCUUUUUAUGAAAAAUGUAUUCUAACAUCUCAUAUGCACUUCUGCCAGCAGUGCUCGUCAUACUAAGUGUGAUGCAUAUCAUCUCACUUACUGUUCACCGCUCCCAGCCUCACCGUUUACUUGAGAUAUCAAUCUUCAUUCUCUUUAUCUGUGUCAAUGCUGUUGUCAUUGGCAUUGGUCUAUCAGGCUUAAGGCGUGGAGAUACACCAACAUUUUAUUAUCCCUUGGGAAUAUGUACAGCAUUCCCGCUAGCCCUAGAGAUGAUUCGGCAGAGCAAAAUCCAGGCUGGACCACUAUUCCUAGGAUAUGGUUUUCUGUCCUCUCUGGUAAAGCUCAGUUUGAUCUUAGUUAGCUCGGUCACCUACAAAGCAUUGGUGAAAGGUACAGCUGUGAUUGUAUCUAUUGACUACAUGGUACUUGCCGGCCUGCUUUUAUGGCGCGGAAUUCGCGGUAUACCAUUUGCAAUCCAUGCAAUCCUUGUUAUCAUAACAGCAGGGUUUGCCGCAGGUGGACUUGUCCAUGAUUGGCCCCUCUGGAUUGAAGCGAUGUUGAUUAUCACUAUUUGUGUCUAUAUGGCUCGACCGGGGAACACUUUAGCCGAUUUAGGCCAGCUCAGCCUCUACCAAGAAAGUCGUUCUGCUCACCUCCCUUUCAUUCCAGGCCGUACCAUGGCGGCCACAUCGAUGACCGAGGAAAGCUAUACACAACUAGACGAGGUUCGGACGGCUCGCCCUGAAUCAGCACAUCUCUCUAACAGUAAUUUCCAGAAAAUCAGGGCGGUGACCUCAAUUUACUAUCCGAACCGGCCGGAAUUGAAGACGGGUGUAUUUACUGUAUUAUGCGAGGGAUGCCAGGGGAACUAUCAGCGAGAGCUGAGAUACAAUGAAUUAGCUGAUUAUAGUAACUGGGAAGAUGCACUUCGAUCAUUUGGGUUAUCUGUCUAA